UAGAGGGCUUGGCACGUGCCAGGCACACACGUGGCUGUGACGAUGAUUAUAUCAGUUAUGCACCAGUUUCUUUCUUGUUUGGAUGCCCAGCUUGGAGGUGGAUACUGGAAAUUGGGAUCAAGCGGGCUGGAGGGAGUGAAAACACCCUCUGCCCCAGAGGUGUUGGCUCCCAGAUGCCCACUGGUCCUCACCACAGACUGGAGAAGGGGCAUGGGGUGGUGGAAAGCUCCAGAAUCGUCCUCAAAGAGAUGGGCUCGGGUUCUGCCUUCACAGGGCUCCCCAGCCUUCCGGGCUGUUUCCUUUGUCUGCAAAACGAAGCACAGACGCUUGCUCUGCCAGCACACCGGGGAAGUGAGGAGGACCAGAAGAGAUAUUGGAGGUAGGCAUGCUUUAGAAAGUGGAAAGAUGUGUACAUUUCCCGAAAGCUUCUCUCUCUCUCGCCGGUAGAUUUUAGACUGGCUGAAACCUGGGGCCUUGGGGGUCAACCUGGUGGUGGAGGAGACAGAAACCAAAGUAAAGCACGUGAUAAAGCAGGUGGAGUGCAUUGAUGAGCAUCAGGCCAAUGAGGCCCUGGAGGAGCUCAUGCCGCUGCUGCAGCUUCAGCACGCCCACGUCUCCGUGUACCAGGAGCUGUUUGUCAUGUGGAACAGUGAGAUCUCCUCCCUGUUCCUCUGCCUGGUGAUGGAGCACCACGAGGGAAGCUUCCAGACGGUCAUUGAGAAGAAGAGGGCGACCAAGACAGUCAUUGACUCUAGGUGGCUGCAGAACAUGCUGGGCCAGGUGUUGGACGCGCUGGAAUACCUGCACCAGCUGGACAUCAUCCACAGGAACCUCAAGCCCUCCAACAUCGCCCUGGUCAGCAGCGACCACUGCAGGCUGCAGGACCUGAGCUCCAACACGCUGAUGGCUGACCGCGCCAAGUGGAACAUCCGUGCAGAGGAAGACCCCUUUCAGAAGUCCUGGAUGGCCCCCGAAACCCUCAGCUUCUCCUUCAGCCAGAAGUCUGAUGUCUGGUCCCUGGGCUGCAUCAUCCUCGACAUGGCCAGCUGCUCCUUCGUGGAUGCGACGGAAGCCAUGCUUCUGAGGAAGUCGACGCGGAGUUCCCCCGAUGGCCUGAGGGGUGUCCUGAGGACCAUGGAGGAGAGGAAGGUCCCCGAUGCGAAAAUCUUCAAUUCCCUUUUGCCUCUGAUGCUUCAGACCAACCCCUCGGAGCGAAUAACCAUCAGGGACGUGAUUCGCAUCACCUUCGUGAGCCACAACUUCCGGUCCUCCAGCACCGCCCUGGCACUGCACGGGCCCAUGGUGCCCUUGCCCAUCAUUGACACGCUGUUAGAGACCAACGUUGCCAGCAUCUUAGAGGUCAUGCAGAGCUUCUCCAGCCGGCCCGAAGUCCAGCACAGGGCCAUGAAGAGGCUCCUGAAGAUGCCCGAAAAUCAGCUAGGUCUGCCGUGGCCAAUGGAGCUGGUGGAGAUGCUGGUCGGCAUCAUGAAGCAGCACGAGAGGGUCCCUGACGUCCAGCUGUGUGCCUGCUCCCUGCUGCUGCGCACCCUGGGCCACGCGCUGGCGCAGGACCCAGCAGCCGUGGUGCCGAGCGACAGCGCCAUCACCCCUGUCCUGCUGAGCGUCAUGCGGAGCCACCCUGAGAAGCAGGAGCUCCUGGUCCUGGUCUACGGCCUGCUCGCCAUUGUCGCCAGCCAGGAGCCAGCCACGGAUGAGCUGCAGAAGGCUGGGCUGUUUGAGCACAUCCUGGAGCACCUGGACACCUUCUCCAGGAACCGGGACAUCUGCAUCAACGGCCUGAGCCUGCUCUGGGCCCUGCUGGUGGAUGCUGUCGUCGUGGACAAGGCCCCCUUGGAGAAAGCCCCGGGCCUCAUUGCCGAGGUGAUGGCCACCUACCCCGCGGACGUGGAGAUGGCCGAAGCCGGCUGUGCAGUCCUGUGGCUGCUGUCCUUGCUGGGUGAGCAGCCCGGGGCCCCAGGGCUGGCGGGGUGGACCCUGGACCCACGAGACGAGGCCCGCACCGGCCCCUCCGCAGGUUGCAUAGAGGAGCACCAGUUUGAAGAGGUGGUGGUGCUGUUCCUGCAAAGCAUCCGGCUGUGCCAGGACCGAGUCCUGCUGGUGAACAACGCCUACCGCGGGCUGGCCAGCCUCGCCGAGGUGUCCGAGCUGGCGGCCCUGCAGGUGGUGAUGCCGGAGGAGGACAGCAGCGGCCUCACCCUGCUCCAGGAGACGUACCAGCUCCACAGGGAUGACCCGGAGGUGGUGGAGAGCAUCUGCGUGCUGCUGGCCCAGCUCGCCUCCUAUGACGACAUCCUGCCGGAGCUGUUGUCCAGCGGCAUCGAGCCGCUGGUCGAGGAGAUCCACGGGCGCUUCACCUCCAGCCUGGUGAGUGCCGGUGGGCCCUGCGGCCAGGGGCCCAGAACCGGAGGUCUGCGGGCAGAUGACUGGGAGUGCUGCUUGUACGGUUCUAAGUGGCUCAGCCGGUCUGUUGCCCCCCGUCCACGACUGGGCCCAAGUCAACCCUGAAGGGGCAGCAGUGAGACCUCUUCCAAGAAAAGUGGGCCAAGUGACAGGAGCAGCCGCUCGUGGACCCCAAGGCUGAGCGGGGAAACCACCAACCGCCCUCCCCUUCCAGGAGCUGGUUUCUGACGCAGGGCGUGUGCUCCACAGACUGGAGGCUUCGCGGCGCUGCUCCGAGGGCGGGCAGUAGGUGCCUCCCGGGCCCCCCUCCCCUUCCCCGGCCUGUUCCUCUGUGAGCUGCCGGACUGGGCAUCUCCUCAGGGGGUACGUGGGGUAGGGGCAGGAAGAACCGCCACCCAGGACCAGCACGUGCACUUCACCCUUUGUGACAGGGGGCCUGGGCCAUUCCCAGGGUGGGGCUGCCCAGCUGGGACAGGUGGCAGUAGCCAGACACAGAGCCUCCACCAGCUCCAGCUCCAAUAAAACCUGCCUUUAUGUCACACAA